GGAAAACGUAUGUGUUUGCUCUCACAGUUUAUCUCAUGCAUAUAAAACAGUUUUCCACACUGUUAAGGCAUGUACGUGGCGUCUCCUAACAUGUCCACAGGUCAAGCAAUAUUCGGUUGACUCUAAGCACAUAAAAGUAGUCGCUGGAUUCCUGACUCUCUAUAUCAGAAAACGAAUUUUAUCUUAGAUGUCUUCAGCCGGUAAGGUCAUCACUACCUAGGAACAAGGACCAGUAGAACCACAUGUCCGCUUGUCGUCACACGUGUUAGUAUUACAGAGAAUCGCAAUGGAGUCACUAAAGGAUAAAGUAGCGAUUAUAACAGGUGCUGGGUCUGGUUUCGGCCGCUGUACAUCUCUUCUUUUCGCGAAAUAUGGAGCGUUAGUAGUUCUGGCUGAUAUGAAUUUACCCGGAGCUGAGGCAGUCGCCGCAGAAUGUGUCAACAAUGGUAGCAAAAAGAGUGAGGUUUUGGCCGUAAAGUGUGACAUAACGAAAGAUGCGGAUAGAAAGAAUGUAGUAGAUGAAUGUGUUAGAACUUUUGGACGGAUAGACAUUUUGGUAAAUAAUGCGGGCGUCUAUCGGAAGCAAAGUUUAUUGGAAGCAGACUCCAAUAUGUAUGACUUUUUAAUGGAUGUCAACCUCAAGGCACAGGUUUUCCUAACACAACUGGCCGUCCCUUAUCUAAAAAAGACUAAAGGAACAAUAGUGAAUCUAUCUAGUAUAGUAGCGGAAGAGGCGGUUGCAGCUGCCGGUGUUUACUGUGUAUCUAAAGCGGGUAUUGACUGCGUUACUAAAGUGCUUGCAUUAGAACUGGCGGAAUUCGGAGUGCGUGUAAACUCGGUGCGUCCAGCAACGAUGCAUACUGGUUUAUACGAUGUUGACUUUGGACAAAACGUUGCGAAUGUAAUGAAGAGCGUCAUUUCUGAGCAUCCGUUAGGUCGUUUAGGACUGCCAGAAGAGGUGGCCAACGCCGUAGCAUUUCUAGCCUGUGAUCUAUCCUCCUACAGCACCGGUAACUUCUUUUAUGUGGAUGGAGGGCGCCAUUGUGUCGGUGCCAGAUACAACCCUCAUUUAAAGUCCAAAUAACGUGUGUAUAUUCUACCCGAGCUAUGGUUGUCAUAUUUCACAGACACUUGGAGGGGUCGGUCUUUGUACAGUAUGGUGACUGGCGCAUUGCGAUGAAUUAAACUUUUAAAACAUAUUUGUAAUGAUUUGUGUCUCAAUAAAGUUUUUUUCCGUCAA